AUGCCGGAUUCAUUAAAGGUUUUUAAUGACAAGACCCAAGAAAGUAUCGUCCAAUGGUUUAAAACUGUAAAAGCGAAUUUCAGUGUCUCUGAGAUAGAUGAGAUAGAUGAUGAUUAUUAUAUUGAUCCAAUGUUUCCUGGUAUUCGACCGAUUUCAGAUAAUCUCAUGACUGGUGGAGGAAUUGCUGCUAGCAAUCCAUCUGAAUCAAUCUUUUGUGUUGUUGAUAUCCCCCU